GUUCCUUGGAGGUGAAACUUGGUGUCGUGCUCAUGGAUGCAGCGGCAAAGCUUUACCCCUUCACUCUCGUCUGCCGUCCCGAAAACCUUGCUCCUAAACCCCACUGCACGUUUCUUCCCUCAUCGACCACUGUAAGAUCACUGGCGGUCCGAUGCGCGAAACGCUCUGGGAAGCAGCGCUACCCUUCCGAGAAAAAGCAGCUCCGAAAGGUCAACCGCUCGAUGCGUCAAUCCGACAUCAAGAAUAGGGAGGUCGGCUUCUGGAGGCUCUCCAAACUCGGUGUGCCUGUCCACAAAGACCCCGGGAAGGACUUCAUUGGCGUCUCCCCACCUCUUCUUGAAGCCAUUGCCAAAGUCCUCGAGUUCCCGGUUGCUGCAAUGUUACCAGAAGAAGCCUUCAAUGUUGUCAGAAAAUCCUUUGAUGCAAGAAAGGUGCUGAAGGAAGCUAAAUUUGUGUACACUGUGGACAUGGAUGUGAAGAAAAUUCUGAAUCUGGAGCCUAGAACUUGGGACUUCAUAGCUAGAUUAGAGCCUAAACUUGGAGUUGUAGAAUAUUUGUCUAAGGAAGAAACACCUACAGAUUUGUUCAACAUAUUGCAUGAGUCAAAAUAUAUCCAUGAUGAAGUUGUGGAAAAAAAUAGCUGUGAAACUUCAAACAGCACAUUUCACAAGGUUCUGCUUUCAAAGAGACCGAAAAUUAUAGUUGUGGGCAGUGGACCAUCAGGCUUAUUUGCUUCUCUUGUUCUCGGAGAACUUGGUGCUGAAGUGACCUUGAUAGAAAGGGGUCAACCAGUUGAGCAAAGAGGGCGUGAUAUUGGUGCUUUGGUUGUGAGGAGAAUUCUACACGAAGAAAGUAACUUUUGCUUUGGAGAGGGUGGUGCAGGUACAUGGAGUGAUGGGAAACUUGUUACAAGAAUUGGAAGGAACAGCCGUAGUGUUCAAGCUGUAGUGAAGACUUUUGUUCAGUUUGGAGCCCCAUCUAAUAUCUUGAUUAAUGGGAAGCCUCAUCUUGGAACUGAUCGACUAAUUCCAUUGCUACGCAACUUCCGACAUCAUCUAAAAGAGUUGGGUGUUGAUAUAAAGUUCGGCACCAAAUUGAAGGAUCUUAUUGUAGAAAACUGUAAAGUGGUGGGAGUUAGAGUUUGUGAUGCUUCAGAAAAUUCUGAUGAUGGCAAUCAUGAAUUAUUUUGCGAUGGAGUGGUUCUGGCAGUGGGUCACUCAGCACGAGAUGUGUACCAAAUGCUACUUCAGCAUGAUAUAGAGUUGGUUCCCAAGGAUUUUGCUGUUGGAUUACGAAUUGAACAUCCACAAGAACUUAUUAAUAGAAUUCAGUACUCUGCAUUGGCUAACCAAGUCAGAAAUGGUCGUGGAAGAGUACCCGUUGCAGAUUACAGGCUGGUGAAGUACAUCAAUCUAGAUAACUACAGGGCUAAUGGUCUAGAAGAUCCAACUCAUAGUUGUUACUCAUUCUGCAUGUGUCCUGGUGGACAGGUUGUUCUAACUAGCACAAAUCCAUUGGAACUUUGCAUAAAUGGCAUGUCCUUCUCACGGCGUGCAUCAAAGUGGGCAAAUUCAGCACUAGUUGUAACAGUUUCUUCAAAUGAUUUUGAUAGAUCCCAUGGUCCUCUUGCAGGUCUUGAGUUUCAGAGGGAGUUUGAAAGAAGGGCAGCUAUAAUGGGAGGUGGAAAUUUUGUGGUCCCUGUGCAAACUGUCCCUGAUUUUCUUGCCAAUAAAUUGUCAGAAACAUCUCUACCACCAUCAAGCUACCGCAUGGGUGUUCGUGCAUCAAACCUUCAUGAGCUCUUCCCAUCUCACAUCACAGAAGCUUUGCAGCAUUCAAUACUAAUGUUUAAUAAAGAGCUACCAGGCUUCAUAUCCAAAGAUGCUCUCCUUCAUGGUGUAGAGACAAGAACCAGUUCUCCUGUUCAGAUCUGCCGCCACAUAGAUACUUACGAGAGCACGACGCUGAAAGGGUUGUACCCAGUAGGUGAAGGAGCAGGCUAUGCAGGUGGCAUUGUCAGUGCCGCUGUUGAUGGUAUGUAUUGUGGUUUUGCAGUAGCUAAGACUCUUGGCUUGUGCCAAGGUGACAUAGAAUCACUCCUGGGCAAAGCACAGAAAAACACAGGGUUUGUAAAGUACUGAAUCAAUAUUCAAUGCUUCUCAAAGAGGAACCACCCGAAAUGUUUUCCUAUACAGAAGAGAAGUUGUGGUGCUGAUUACUUCAAAAUAGCAGCUAUAUUCCCAAGGAUUUGCCAGUUAAGGCAUCAUCAUCUUUUCCAACAAAUAUUCAAGAAACUGCUCUGGGAUUGUUUAAAUUGAAAAUGUGGAAAAUCUCAAACAGUCUUGAUAUUGUAUCGGAGUCGACCAUUGUUUAUUUUAUGGCAUUUCACUAAACUGUGCUCUUGAAGUUUGAUGUUUACUAAACGGUUCUCUCUUUUGAUAUUUA